UGAGCUCCAAACAGGAAAUCUCCUUACGCUUUUUCUACAAUUUUUUAAAUUGCGUUAGGCUUGCCCUCUUUUCUAAAGUUGUAUUUGGUUUUGGAGAUAUCGUGCUAAUGUGAAUAACAGCACAACAGCUAUAUUAGCAAUUGGUUUUAUUGUGUCAAUUCAUUAUGACGUUCUUUUUUUUAAGUUUAACAAAGUGUGCACUUCUUUUGUCGAAUUUUUAUUUUCUGCGGCGAAUAAAACGAUUGAAAAAUCUGGGCCGUUCUUAAUCCUCUCCUGAAGUCGUUUCAUAGCCUUGUAAUCAAGGCAACUUUUAAUUUAUUUGACCACACAAAGCAAAAGACAAAGUAAGAGGAAGUUCGGCUGACAGCUUUUUGUUUGGAAUAGGUUUUUUAUCACCAUAACAACAUUGGAAAUGAUGGUAUUUGGUCAGCCGAGAGAGGUCUUUGAUCCGAAAUCUAGAUCUAGAGUGCGAAUCGCGAAAGUAUUGUGAUUCUAACUCCUUCGUAGUAUAGGAGCUCUAUAUAUUGGAUUUUACAGUGCAGAUUAAUCUUAGGAAAAAGAAGAAUUUCGCUGGAGAUCGAAAAAGAAGAUUAUUUUCACUCGGAAUGUGCGAAGUUCAAAAGCAAUCCACAAGCGGCGAAUGAAAAGAAGACUUCAACGGACUCUUUGCUCCUUUGCAAGGUGAAAAAGAAGCGGAUAUAUAUUAUAUUCCUGCUCGUUAAGACACUGCGAUGAUUAUUUAUUGCCAUGCUAAUGAGAUAAUCUUAGAAAAGAAAAAAGGGAAAUGAUUGAAUGAAAAGUUGAAUUGGAGUGAAGUGCGAGAUUAAUUGAAGCUCAGCCGAGAUUGUUUCCAGAAGGACUUAUUGAGUCGGCAAUUUACCCACGAUACACGAUUGAAUGUUCGAGAUUGAAGGUUGAGAUAAUUUUAGCUCCUGUUUAGCAAGUAAUAGAAAUUCUCCAAGUUAAUUAACUCAGCACGGCCUACACCGCGUGUUUUGAGAUCUGAUGUAAAUACAACCACGGAUUAUUGGACUUAAGGAGAAUCUUUUCCUUAGUUGAAAAAAUAAAUCUAAUUGACCUUAAUAAUCAUCGCUUUCGAACAUCCAAAUUGACCCAGGCUUAGCUACAGCGGAUAUAUACCACAUCGCAAGAAAACAAACCAGAAAGCGGGAGUCUCAAAUCCAAGGACUCGCUAAAGAAGGCAACAUGAGCUCGAAUAAUUCAUGCGAUGGAGCUAGUUCUGUUGAGUCGCCAACGACUCUAGGAAUCGUCAUUUCAGUUGCUCUGAUUGUUGUGAUCAUGCUGGCAUUGGCUGGAAACACAGUCGUGUGUAUCGCAUUUUACCGGAGCUCAAACCUCCAAAGUUUGACAGUUCUUUUCAUCCUCUCCCUCGCCGUCACAGACAUUCUCGUUGCUUCCAUUUCAAUGCCUAUUUGGCUUUACUUCCAGUUCUCUCACAGUAGUUUCACAUGCCUACCAGAUUUGUUCACCGCUUGGAAGUGCCUCGACGUGCUGUUCUCUACAGCUUCGAUCAUGAAUCUAUGCGCUAUAAGUAUCGACCGACAGUUCGCCAUAACGAAACCGCUACAUUACCAUACGAUAAUGACCACAAAAAGGGCACUAUUUGCUCUGACUGGAAUCUCUCUUUAUGCCGUUGUUCUGUCUGGACUCGUCGCCACUCGAUGGAGCUAUUACCCCCUCUUCAUUUUCAUCGUCGCCUUCAUUUCGCCUCUUAUAGUCAUGAUCCAGGCUUACUCCCACAUCUUCAAAACAGCACUGAUGCAGGCCCGCCGCGUGUACCCCAUACGUCAGGCGUAUUACUUCAAGAAGGAGCUAAAAGCGGCCAAGACUCUAGCUAUAGUCAUGGGCAGUUUCAUUGCAUGCUGGGCCCCAUUCUUUCUAGCAAAUUUGAUUGUUCAAUACGAAAACGUAAAAAUAUCGCCAGAUACAGUAACAGGGAUAAAGUUUUUGCACUACGUUAGUUCAGCUUUAAAUCCUGUUAUUUAUUCUUGCACAAAUCGCGAGUUUCGACUUAAAAUUUUCAGGGUUUUGCCAUGCAAGUGUGGUGGGCGUAGGAAUCAAGUCAUGAUGGAAAGAGUUGUGUUUUGGACAACUAGUUUUAGCCCAAGUACUGGAUUCGGAAAUUCGAGUUUUCGCCAGGAAGUCGCCGCUGCUGUGGCGAAAAACGAAGAAAUAGCGCAAAGAAAAGAGAUGAAACGUGUGUCCACUGCCUGAAUGUAUUUUUUUGGCGAAAUGAACGAUGUUUUAAGAUGUGUCAUCAGAAAUCAAAAAUGACACAGCAAACAUUGGAAUCGACGGAGAAGAAAAUUCCUAUUAGCUUGUCAAGUUUUAAAUAAAAAAGAUUGCAAUCUAAAUGAAUUUAUUUCGAUGUUGUUUGAAGUUGAAUUGAAUGUUACAAUUGAGUGCUCAUAUCUUUGACAUCUCAAAGCGAAAACCGCACUUAUGACUAUUAGAUACUCGUCUGCACUAUGAAAACCCGUUGCAUUUCAGGAUUACUGGCACUGGCCGAGAGUGUUAAAUUGACAUUGAUCAGUCGUUAGUAAGUGGGGGCUGAACUGUUCACACUUUAACAUAGGGGAGAUUAUGAAUAAUAUCUGUUAUCUAUAAGGACUAAAAUACAAAUAAACCAUGUCAAAAUCU